CCAGAAGCCAGGCUCCAUGGUGAUGUGUCAUUAGUCACUUGCUUUGGUCACUCCCCCCUCCCCCCCCUCCCUCCCUUUGCUUUGCUUAUAACAAGCAGGCAGCCUCAAAAUAAGAACAGACAGCUGAGAAAAAAAAUCCUCAGAGGCUCUCGUGUGUUUCGGUGACAAAUCUAGCGAACAACAGGCUGUUAUUUGUUGUGAGUAAUUUACUGAGGAGUGAGACGUGAUACACUCACUGUGAUCCUGUUCUCCCACAGCAACAGCCUCCAUCACGUAGGUCGAGGCACUAAACCAGCCUCAGGGCACACCUUUGGGAUCCUCCUUUGACAGGAAGAACCAUGAUGUUCGUUUUCAAUGGCAUCAUCUUCUUGGCAGGGGUUGCCGUGCUGGGAGUUGGGAUCUGGGUGAAGGUGGAUAGUGGCUCCAUUCUCAACUUCCUGGGGCAAAUUGAGGACGCGCCGGCAGAGCUGGCUCAGGUCCUCAACGUGGGCUACCUGCUGAUCGCGGUGGGCGCCCUGCUGGUGGUCAUCGGCUUUCUGGGCUGCUGUGGAGCCAUCAAGGAGAGCAAGUGUAUGCUGAUGCUGUUUUUCAUCAUAGUCUUACUGGUUUUCAUCGCAGAGGUUGCCGGGGCAAUCGUGAUUUUGGUAUUCAGACCUCUGGCGGAUGAGUUGCUGGAGAAGGUUGGCGUAGCAGCUGCCAAGAACAUCAAGAAGGACUACGGGAGAAACCCCGACAUCACGGGGCUGUGGAACACCACCAUGAGCACGUUGACGUGCUGCGGAUUCAACAACUUCACAGACUUUCGCAAUUCCCCGUACUACAACUUCACCAUCAUGAAGUAUCCACCACAUUGCUGCCCAGACAGGUCGAACCCAUGUAAUGGAACUGUGGCCGAGAACCAGAUGGUCCCCGGUUGCUUCCCAAAGAUCAAGCAACUUGUGGAUGAAAACACGGUGGUCAUUGUGGCAGUGGCCCUCGGGAUUGCUUUCCUGGAGAUAUGUGCCAUGGCUGUCUCAAUGAUUUUAUACUGCAAAAUAAAAUCCACAAUGGCAUAACCACCCGAAACCAAGGCGCCGGAUGGAUCUCCGUAACCACUGGAACCGUUGCAUCUUCUCACUCGGCCUCCCGCAGUGCCUCAUCACUCAAGACAGUGAAUGUUCGGUCUUGUGCAAUCAAGAGCUACUGAAUGCAAUAACGUGUAUAUUUUUUCUACAUUUGAAAUCUAAUAGAAUCCGGUUAUGGAUAUAGAUUGUCUAUUUGUUGAGGGCACUCCACUAAACAAUUGUUGUAAGUGUCAAAGAGAGCUACUGCCUUUCAUCACAGGGCCGGCUAUGGAGGAGUUACAGGAGUUUCUGUGAUGAUGAAACGCAGGCUGGUGCCAGUGCUGGAGACAGAAAACACUACCGUCUGAGUUUUUUGUUGUUUUUUGCUAUACUGUUGCUUGUAUGAUAGUAAUGCAUUAUUUUUCUUUUCUGUUUUUCUCCUGAAAAAUGAUUGAUUUUGGAAUAAAGUAGAUAUUUCUAUGUUAAAGGCACUUGUUUGUG